CCCAGCUCAGUGCGCGGCGGCGGCGGCGGGGCGACUGGCGCCGCGCAGUCCAGCUCGGGCAGGGCGCACGGGGCUGCGCGGCGGAGGGAAAGGCGGCGCCGAGCCGGCGGGCAGCGGGACGACGCGGAAGCCGCACGGAGCGAGCCGGAGCCGGCGGCCACCAGACCCGGAGCGGCGCCCUCCUCGUGCCGGCGGCGAGGGCGCGAUGCCCGCCUGAGCGCCGCCCCCGCCAUGGGCACCCGGGCCGGCAUCCUCGCGCUGUGCGCGGCAGUGGCUGUCGUGACCGCGAGUGUCGGCGGCGCAGAGCCUCGCGUCGAGCGUGGAGCCGCAGGGUCGCUGUGGCUGGCAGGCCCAUGGAGCGGCAUGGACAGAGCUGGGCUUGGACAGAGCGCCAGGGACUGGUGUGGCCAGAAGGCCCUGGGGCCGGAGUCUGGCCAGCAGGCGCAGGUGGUCUUUGGCAGUGGGGACACUGUGGAGCUGAGCUGCCACCCACCCAGAGGUGGCCCUGUGGGCCCCACAGUCUGGGUCAAGGAUGGAGAGGGGCUGGUGUCCUCAGACCGCAUCCUGGUGGGUCCCCAGCGGCUGCAGGUGCUGAAUGCUUCCCUCGAGGACGCCGGGGCCUACAGCUGCAAGCAGCAGCUGACGCAGCGUGUGCUGUGCCGCUUCGGUGUGCGUGUGACAGAUACCCCCUCCUCAGGAGAUGAUGAAGACGGAGAAGACGUGGCUGAAGACAUAGCAGGGGCCCCGUACUGGACUCGGCCCGAGCGGAUGGACAAGAAGCUGCUGGCUGUACCAGCUGCCAACACUGUGCGCUUCCGCUGCCCAGCUGCUGGUAACCCCACACCCUCCAUCUCCUGGCUAAAGAAUGGGAAGGAAUUCCGUGGGGAGCAUCGCAUUGGGGGCAUCAAACUGCGGCACCAGCAGUGGAGCCUGGUCAUGGAGAGUGUGGUGCCCUCAGACCGAGGUAACUACACAUGCGUAGUGGAGAACAAGUUCGGCAGCAUCCGGCAGACAUACACGCUGGACGUGCUGGAGCGCUCUCCACAUCGGCCUAUCCUGCAAGCAGGGCUGCCGGCCAACCAGACAGCUGUGCUGGGGAGCGACGUGGAGUUCCACUGUAAGGUGUACAGCGAUGCGCAGCCCCAUAUCCAGUGGCUGAAGCAUGUGGAGGUGAAUGGCAGCAAGGUGGGCCCUGAUGGCACACCCUACGUCACCGUUCUCAAGUCCUGGAUCAGUGAAAAUGUGGAGGCAGACGCGCGCCUCCGCCUGGCCAAUGUGUCGGAGCGGGACGGGGGCGAGUACCUCUGUCGAGCCACCAAUUUCAUAGGCGUGGCCGAGAAGGCCUUUUGGCUGCGUGUUCACGGGCCCCGAGCAGCAGAGGAGGAGCUGGCAGAGGCGGACACGGCGGGCAGUGUGUAUGCAGGCGUCCUCAGCUACGGGGUGGGCUUCUUCCUCUUCAUCCUGGUGGUGGCGGCUGUGACCCUCUGCCGCUUGCGCAGCCCACCCAAGAAGGGCCUGGGUUCCCCCACCGUGCACAAAGUCUCCCGUUUUCCGCUCAAGCGACAGCAGGUGUCCUUGGAGUCCAACUCAUCCAUGAACUCCAACACGCCUCUGGUCCGCAUCGCCCGGCUGUCCUCGGGGGAGGGCCCCACACUGGCCAACGUGUCUGAGCUUGAGCUGCCUGCUGAUCCCAAGUGGGAGCUGUCUCGGUCCCGGCUGACCCUGGGCAAGCCCCUUGGAGAGGGCUGCUUUGGCCAGGUGGUCAUGGCAGAGGCCAUUGGUAUCGACAAGGACCGUGCUGCCAAGCCGGUCACCGUGGCCGUGAAGAUGCUGAAAGAUGACGCCACUGACAAGGACCUUUCGGACCUGGUGUCAGAGAUGGAAAUGAUGAAGAUGAUCGGCAAACACAAGAACAUCAUCAACCUGCUGGGCGCCUGCACGCAGGGGGGGCCCCUGUAUGUGCUGGUGGAGUAUGCUGCCAAGGGCAACCUGCGGGAGUACCUGCGGGCGCGGCGGCCCCCAGGCUUGGACUACUCCUUCGAUACCUGCAAGCUGCCUGAGGAGCAGCUCACCUUCAAAGACCUGGUGUCCUGUGCCUACCAGGUGGCCCGGGGUAUGGAGUAUCUGGCCUCUCAAAAGUGCAUACACAGGGACCUGGCCGCCCGAAACGUGCUGGUGACUGAAGACAAUGUGAUGAAGAUCGCAGACUUCGGCCUGGCUCGAGAUGUGCACAACCUCGACUACUACAAGAAGACCACCAAUGGCCGGCUGCCAGUGAAGUGGAUGGCACCCGAGGCCCUGUUUGACCGAGUCUACACCCACCAGAGUGAUGUUUGGUCCUUUGGAGUCCUGCUCUGGGAGAUCUUCACACUGGGGGGCUCCCCAUACCCUGGCAUCCCCGUGGAAGAGCUUUUCAAGCUGCUAAAGGAGGGGCACCGUAUGGACAAGCCGGCCAACUGCACACAGGAUCUGUACAUGAUCAUGCGUGAGUGCUGGCAUGCUGUGCCCUCGCAAAGGCCCACCUUCAAGCAGCUGGUGGAGGACCUGGACCGCAUCCUCACUGUGACAUCUACUGACGAGUACCUGGACCUGUCCGUGCCGUUUGAGCAGUAUUCACCCGGUGGUCAGGACACGUCUAGCUCCAGCUCCUCUGGGGACGACUCUGUGUUCACACACGACCUGCUGUCCCCGGCCCCGCCUGGCAGCGGAGGCCCUCGGACGUGAAAGGCCGUGGCCCUGAAGGCCAAGCCCUUGUUAAUGUGAGAGUGAUCCCAGCCCACCCUGCCGCCUGAGGCACAGCAGCCUGGGCCUGAGCCCGUGAGAUGGGCACACAGACAGACGCUGUGCAUCUGUGUGUGAGAGGGAGGGCAGCCUCGAGGCCUGCGUGCAGGUCCCUAGGAUGCCUGCGCUGCUGUAAGGUGCCUUGUGCAACACAUGCCUGGCAAGAGGGUCCUUGCAGCAAGCGUGUGCUGGAGGCCCAAGGACCUUGCCCUGGAGCACCAGAUGUAGAAUGUAGGGGGGCCACCCCCAGGGAGCAUCUCAGUGGGUUGCAACCCCUCAGCCCCCAAGCUGAGCCUGCAGGGCAGCCCCUGUGGUGAGCCCUAUACCUGCGUGGCACCUUGCACCUGGGGGUAAGCAGCAGCUCCCCUAUCUCCAGGUCUUCCCACUGCCCCCCUGCCCUUCAGACUGAAAUUACGGGUACCUGAAGGUGGGAGGGAGCCUUCAACCUUCCAUCCGAAAGGUUUAUUCCAGACACUAGUGUACAUUUCUAUAAAUAGAUGCUGUGUAUAUGGUAUAUAUACAUAUAUAUAAGAAUAUGUUGGGGAGGAGUCCUCAGGGCUGGGGGACCCCCCCCCGCAGGGGCCAGUGGAGGGGCAAAGGACUUUUCUGGCACUGCAGUUUUGUUUUAAAAAUUUGUACCUGGACCUGUAUAUUUGUAAAGCUAUUUAUCGACCCCCAAAACCCUGGCUUCCCCACAUGGAUAGCGUUUAGCCAGCUGCAAGGCAGAGAUUUAAGUUUUAACUUAUUAACAGCUGAGGUUUAUGCUACAUUUGGAGGGGUUGCAAAAGAAUGUACGUCCAGCUGCGAGGCCGCCCCACCGGAGUCAUGUGCUGGGGGUGGGUACAGCAAGCCUUUUAUUUCCUUUGGCCUGGGCUGGGGAUUUAGCUCAGCGGCAUAAGCACCUGCCUUGCAAGCAGGCAGUCGUGAGUUCGAUCCCCGGUACCAAUAAAAAGGAAAAAGACAAAAAAAAAAAAAAAAAUCCUUUGGCCUUUUGCAGGGAAUUAGAUUUCUAUAGGACCUUUCUUUAGAUUUAUUUUUUUGGUCUUCAGAGCAAGCUGGUAUUUUCAUACAGAUCCUUCUAAUUGCUGCAUAUUGCAGGGAGGGCCGGCCCUGUGUGCAGGUUGUUAUUAGAUGUUACAAGUUUAUAUCUAUCUAUAUAAUUUAUUGAGUUUUUAUGAGACAUUAUUUGCUGUAGACUUAACACUUCUUAAGCAAUGCUUUUAGACUUUCAUAGCCCAGACUGCUACCUUUCAAAGCUUGGGAGAGAAAGCCGUGAACAUGGUUUCAUUCCCUUUUGUACUGUCCUUGGGCCCCAGCUGGGAGGCUGACCCUCACCCGCCCCUCAGCUGCUGGCCAGCCAGUAAGGCCAGGAGGCCACUCCUCAGCUCUUUCCUUGGGGUCCAGCCAUGGUGGCCAGAGGUGUCAGCCCAAGCCCAGCCCAGCUGAUGUGACUUGUUAACCCAGAUGUCCCCUUUCUAAGAAUAAAGAGAUGACUAGUUCCCAGCUA